UCUUUUUUUUCCCCUCUCUUUUUCAUUUUCUUUAUUUGUUUGUUUGCAUAUAAUAUGGCAGGAAAUGUCAUUGGGACUUCUUCUUACUCAGAAGCUAUGGACUUGUCCGACUUGGACGAAAGUGGCUACGACCAGUCUUCUGUGAUAUCGUUUGACGGGAACAAUAUGUCAAACUACCACUCACCAAACGACACCUUCCAACAACAAGAACAACAACAACAACAACAACAACAACAGCAGCAUCAGCAGCAGCAUCAGCAACAAUCUACACUGGAUCCUCCUAUCAAAAUUAGAAAAAAGCCAGGAAGAAAACCAAAUCCUGCCUCUCCUGCUUUACGAAAAGCACAAAACAGAGCUGCACAAAGAGCUUUUCGAGAACGUAAAGAAAAACAUAUGAAAGAACUCGAAUCUAGCAUUAAAGGUAUAAAAGAACAACGCGACAAACUACUUCAAGACAAUGAAAAGACGACAAAUGAAAAUGAGAUAUUAAAGGCCGAAAAUUGGUAUUUAAAGGGUAUUGUGCUGUCAUUACAGUUGGUUUGUCUACAGCACAAUUUAGUGAUACCUCAACAUGGGCCACAUGUAAACGAGCAGACAUUAUCUGUCUUGGCACAGUCGAUUCCCGAGUCGAUUUCUUCAUAUUUAAACGUGAACGCCAAAGGAAAGCUGCAAGUUUCUUCAAAAAUAUUAAAUGAAACCCCAGAUUUUCAGCAAAAACAGUCUCCACAAGGAUCACCAAAUCUUUCACACCCACUCUUUUCUCAACCACUGCCUUCAGGCUCGUUAAUUAUUACACAAGACGGUGUUCAUCCUGUACAAGAGAAACGUGGUAGUGCUACCUCAACUAAUAGUAAUAAUCAUUACAAUAACCUUCCAAGCAACAACUGGUACCACCAAUCCAGCCAACAUUCUGCAUCAAGUAGGAAUGAAUCACCCAGUGUUUGUUCUCAAGAUGAAAGUUUCAGCAAUAUACCACCCCUCUCACCAAUGUCAACCUCAGACCGAGAAAAAGCAGGAUUAUUAUCACCAAUGAGCAUGCCUAAUUUGCCUCGACCAAUGUCAUUAAAUGAACCCGUUGCCUCUAAUUUAGCGGCUAUUCAAGCGCUACGCUUGCGUCUGAGACUCCAAUCAGCCUGUGUGAGUAUGCAGUCAGCACCUUUUGCUAUUCAACCAACAUUGUUACAGCUUGCAGUCCCACAUGAUCCCCGGAUUGAUUUAAUCCCCACCCCACAUAUGCGUGACAGAAUGAUUUUAUAUCGAGAUCAGUUUGAUUUAGACGAUUGUUUCCGUUGCUUAUUGGGUGGCUCAGUAUUUCAUGGAGGUGAUCCCGGAGUUGCUGGUAACUGGCAGCUGCCAGCUGAGUUCUUUGAAAAAUUCUGGUUUUUGACAAUUGACUACAACUUGAGAAGAUGCACCAAUGAAUGGAGAAAAAAACAAGGCCUAAAGGAAAUUAAAUCAAGUAUACCUAGUUUAAAUGAAAGUGAGAAAAAUUCUCGGACGUCUAAAAAAGCAUCUUAUCCAGCAUCUACACCUUCACCUGACCAUUCGCAUUCUCAGCACUCAAGACAUUCUACUAUGAAUAUUAAACCAGAACUUAGUUAUGAAGAACUACAAGGUUAUCUAGGUGUACAAAUAGGCAAUGGGAAUAAACCACAUCAACAACAGCAUCAACAACAGCAUCAACAACAGCAACAACCAAUGCAUCAGAAUAUAACACCUAUUCAACUUACGAAUGGUUAUGGGAUAGUAGGCAAUCCUUCUUCAAGUAAUUUCUCAGAUCUUAGAAAACCAAUUUCUGUCCCUAGUCAUAUUGCACUAAGCCAUCAUCACCAUCAACAACAACAGCAACAAUCAUCUUGGACAAACCUAAUGAUGGAACCAAGAGACUAUGAUAUGAUGAUGAGUGGUCUUUACAACAAUAAUCGACAUCGUAAUUAAUAUGAUCAUACCCUUUAGAAAAAAAAGAAAUAGAAAACGCUUUUUUUUUAUAAUACAAAUAAUAAUAA